AUGUUCUCCCAACUUUGCGACGCUCUCGGGUCAGACUCUCCGAACAUUCCAGGCCAGCCGCCGGUAGCCAAACUCGAUGCAGACGUUAAUUCCCUCGGAAUCCUCGACGGCGCGUCGAGCUUGCCGGUGCACGUCAACGAAAUCAACUGGGAGUGGGCAUCGAAGACGAGCGAGUGGAUGCUGAUCGAUGAAGAGCGCAUGGACACGACGUCCCCUCAUGAUGUGGCGUCCUCUGUUACGGAACCACAGGCAGCAGUGAGGAAGAGACAGAUGGCCGUUAUCAAGUUAUGGCGCCGCCUUCGCAGGAAGCCCUCCCCCGCACUUGCUCCAGAGCCCAGAUUCGUGCACGAUCGAAGCUAUUAUCGGUCCGGAUCUCCCUCCACGUUCCACAACUUGCUCUCUGCGUUGCUCAAGGUGCAGGCCGCUAACAUGGACACCCUGUCCCGACGGGCGAAUUACGGCCGCUUGUCGGAGCAACGCUAA